ACACCACCACAACAUCCAAACCCUCACCUUCAUCCCUCUCACAUGAACCAGCAUUGACUUUCAAACUUCAAAAUUUUACACUCUGCAUCUUAACUUGUACACAAAUUCGACAUGGACAUCAUCAAUGAGUUAACACAAGGAAUGGAGCUAGCCAAGGAGCUAAAGUCCAUUCUAAGCUCAGAGUGUCCCAUUGAAAGAAAACUAGUUUUGAUACAAGAGAUCAUUUCAUCAUAUGACAGAGCUCUGUUGAUUGUCAAUUGGGGUCAUUCAGCUGAUAAAACACCGCCACUAGUACAGCCAAUGCUAAGCCAGCCCGAGUCAUCUGUUUCCAUUGAUGAGAGCCCGCGAAGUGGGGAUAUCACCAAUCAAACAUUUGAUAAUCAGCAGGACCAGAAAGCCGUAUCCAAGAAAAGGAAGACAAUGCCGACUUGGAAAAACCAAAUUAGAAUCUCGACUGAAAAUGGGUUGGAGGGAAACACUGAUGACCACUACAGUUGGAGAAAAUAUGGACAGAAAGACAUUUUGGGUGCUAAAUUUCCAAGAAGUUAUUACAGAUGCACUUACCGUUAUGUCCAUAACUGCAUGGCAAGAAAACAAGUGCAGAGAACCGAUGAGGAUACCACUGUGUUUGAGAUCACAUACAGAGGGGAGCACACCUGUAACCCUGCCACAAUGCCAUCAGUUGCACCGCCACAGUCACCUGAAAAACACGAGAUGAAACAAACCAACCAACAUCACAACUACCAACUACCACUACCAAUACCACCAAAAUCUGGAGAGAUGCUGUCAAACCUCAGAGAAAAUCUCAGAGUCAGUACCUCAGAUUUGGAGGCAACUAUCUCAUCUUCAUUUUCAUUCCCUUCGGCAUCAUUUGGAUCCGUUGAAAACUACCAACAAUUUCAGUUUUCCAAUGAAACCGAUAACAGCUUUUUGCAAGGAUAUUCACCUUCUGGCUCAAACUAUUUCACAGAAUGGGGUUAUGAUUUCCAGCAUCAUGAUGACUCAAAUCUGUCAGGAAUGAUCUCAACCACAACUUCUGCUACAAAUUCUCCAUUGGCUUUUCCCGCUGAUCCCCAGGAUAUUAGCCUAAACUUCCCAUUCAGCAACUCAGGGCAUUUCCUCUGAUCUUGUGUAAUAACAGUCAUAACGCAUAGGUAAUACCAAAGAUAAGUCAACAAGAAAAAAAUGUAGCAAUAUAUUUUGCAGUAUCAGGAUAAGUAGUUGCAGAUAAGGAUGCUUAUUAGUGUCAAAAAUUCUGUUUUGUAUUCAAAACCAUGCAUGUACAAAUAAUAAGUGUAAGAUCCAAGAACCAGGGAAUCUAAUCAUUAUUUAUAAAUGGUAAUUUUUUCA